ACAUCCUUUGGGAUUUCCAUGACUUCGUUUUGGGGAAGAGAAACAUAGCCUCAAUUCUUAAUAUCGAAAAAGUUCACCAUGAUGCACCCCGGCAAGACCACGGCCGGUCUGCUCCCAAUUUCGGCAGCAGCUACGCAAAAGUCGGGCUCUGGAGCGCCCGCAAAGAAAACGCCCAAGCCUCCUGCUCCACGUCUCAAACUUCUCAUUCGACGUUUGCCACCCGGGCUAACACAGACCGAGCUGGAGAGUGCUCUUGGCGACCAGUGGAAGGCUGGGGCAGGGAACGUCGACUGGCUUCAGUACAAACCUGGCAAGGUGUCGAAAGACCCCAACAAGCCAUCUCGCCCAUCAAGAGCAUACAUCCACGUUGUCUCCACCGAAUGUGUCUCUUCGCUCUCGGACGCCGUGCGCCAGGCUUCUUUCCAGGAUGCUCGUAACACUCUACAUGAUCCCAUUCUACUUGGGCCUCCGUCGCUAGAGUUUGCACCUUAUGCCAAGAUCCCCGGAAGCCGCUUACGGAAGGAUGCUCGUCAAGGCACGAUUGAUCAAGAUUCAGACUUCAUCGCUUUCUUGGAAAGUCUGACCCAGCCCAUUACCAGGCCCGCGGCUGUGGAUUCCACGGCUGAUGGUGAGGAGAAGAAGAAGGAAACCGUAAUGACCACCCCGCUGGUACAGUUCAUCAAAGACAAGAAAGCCAGCAAGUUAAAGGACGGCAGUGGGUCCAAAUCCAAGCACAGUCGGUCGGACAAGGAAUCAAAGCAGGAGAAAGUGCAAGCGAAAAAACUUUUGCAACGGGGCGAUAAGGAAGCCUUGACAAACUCCUCCGACAAGAAACCCAAAGGAGAAAAGACAAGCAAGGACUCUGUCAAGGCGACCAAGCAUGGAGCCGCUGCCAAUGCCAAGGGAGGCAAGUCGAGUACCACAUCAAACACUACAAAGGAUACAACCGCAGCUCCAGAGCGGAAGAGAGAGCGCGGAAAUGUUACAGUAGCCACCAAGAUCCUUCAGCGUGAUCUUGGACUCUCGACAUCCGGUGGGCGACGACGUGGGAAAGGCGGUUCGACUGAUACUGCGUCAGCUAAGAACGAGAGCUCUCGAGACUCGGCUAUUCCAUCAUCCGAUGUGCCCAAGAAGGAGACAACCAAGCCUCCUAAAACCGCAUCAUCCACAACCAAUUCUCCAAAGCCCAAGGAUGGCGAGUCAUCCUCGCGACCCGAUGCGGCGGCUGCGCCGCCUGCAGCCCUAGCAGCCAAGUCUACUAAAGGUGGCAAAGCAAAGCACCCAUCAACUGCUAAACAAGCAUUCCUCAAGCACGCCAACCCAUCCCAGGGUGUGACCGAGGCGCUCCUGCAGUCUGCUUUCACCCCAUUCGGAGCAGUGACGAAGGUCGAGAUUGACAAGAAGAAGGGAUUCGGAUAUGUGGAUUUUGCUGAACCAGAAGCACUUCGCAAAGCUAUCGCUGCGAGUCCCGUAUCGGUGGCCCAGAGUCAAGUGGUGGUCUUGGAGCGCAAAGAGAACCCCGGAAUUGAAAAGUCUCGGAAAGGCCGCGAGGGUUUCACUGCCAAUAAGGCCAAGGCUCCUACUGAAGCUGGUGGAAGCGCUUCAGGGGCUGGUGGUAAUGUUGGAAGUAACGCUGGCUCCUCCCGCGGCUCUCGUGGAGGGCGUGGAUCACGGAAUAAGGGACCCAAAGGUGGAGCUUCAGAGAAAACUGGAGGCACCGAGGCGGAGUGA